AUGGCGGCUGCUUUGAACCUGAAGCUCCUAGCUGUAAACUUUCUCUGCAUAUUCCCAUUUCUCAUUUUCUUAUCUGAGGCAAAGAUCGCAUCCUAUAUCCAUGAAGAUGAUUCCCUGGUUCAGUCAUCCUUUUGCCAUGACACCAUCCUUAGCUUUCUCCCACCGCCAUACCGCCGUCAGAAAGGUUUCGCAUGUUCUCAACCUUGGGGUUCUUACUUUCAAGAUGGUGAUAAUGUCACCACCAUUGUUUUAUCGAAAGACAAAUUUUUGGGAUGGAUUGGAAUUGGAUUUUCGAAGGAUGGGGGAAUGGUGGGUUCAAGUGCAGUGGUGGGAUGGACCGGCGGAGUUAAGAAUAUCGACAAUGACAAGGAGGAGGUUGAACCUGGGAUAGCGAAAUUCCUUUUGGAGGGGAAGAAUAUUGAAAGCGUCACAUCGUUUAAGGGAGAACUUAAUUUCACUGAUACUCCUCCUUUUGUUAUUUGGAAUAAUAAUUCGUUUUAUAUGGGAUUUCAAGCCAAGUUUGAUGCCCCUCUUGGUCAACAAUAUAUGAUAUUAGCUAUUGGGAGUGAUCAACCUACUCUAACACCUCAUUCUAAAGAGCCCUCCGAUCGCCUCGUGCGGCUGACAAAGCAUACCGAUCAAGCAGUCAUGCAAGUUGAUUUCUCUUCAGGACAUAACUCUCGUGUUAAGAGACAUAGAGAUUUGAAAGCGAGUCAUGGAGCCAUGGGGCUAAUUGCAUGGGGCGUGCUUCUUCCAUUUGGGGCAAUCAUCCCAAGAUACUUCAAGCAUCAUGAUCCUCAAUGGUUUUAUCUUCAUAUCUCGAUCCAAAUAGUGGGUUUUCUUCUGGGUCUUGCUACUGUCCUCGUAGGAACGAUACUCUACAGUGGACUGGAUUCCAACCGCACUCCCAGAUUAAAGAUUCACAGACCCAUCGGAUCCUUGGCGUUUUUCCUUAGCAUUCUUCAGGUAAUGGCAUUGAUUCUAAGGCCGGACAAGGCAUCCAAAUGGCGCAAGUACUGGAACUUGUACCAUCACUGGGCAGGGAGACUUGCUCUCUUCUUGGGAGGUCUGAAUAUUGUGAUUGGAAUUUGGGUUGCAGAAGCAGGGUCUUCGUGGAAGAUAACAUAUGGGUUUUUUGUAACCUUCAUUCUUCUGACAGUCGCCGUUUUGGAAGCGUCCUUGGGGCUGGGGAGAUCCAAGAAGGCAGAUGCGAGUCCUGUUUUUGGAUCCAAUUAGGUUUUUUGUUCAUGUGUCUGCAGACUGCACCUUUAUUAGGACCCUAACAUGUG